AUGGCCAAACAGGAGCAGAGCAGAGCCCUGCGAGACAUUCAUAGGAUUGAGAGCUCUAUGUUCUGGAUCGAGCGUCUAGCCCUUCUACCACUAGCUUCUCAAUUUCCCUAUUUCCAACAACGGCUAGUCCUUGAGCCUGACAUAAUAUUUUACAUUCACCGACCGGUGAUUUUGACUCUAAUUUUGAAUCAUGUUCUUCCUAAUGGAUGUUUCAUUGCUGCGAUCAUAGCUUGGCUAGUCUUUAUUGGGACAGGCUAUUACGACUAUAAGAAAGAACUAGAUAAGGAGUCGCGCAAGAAUAGCAGCCUAUCGUCUAAAACCAACAGCCCCAUUGCUAUGGAACCUAGUAAGGAUGGGAAAACACUGAAGAAAGAGGAAGUGAUGUCUGCGAUGACCAGAAAGUUUCAUAAAUGGUUUAUAGCUGUCAUCUCAAAAUUGGACACUAUGUUAAAGGAAUUUGCAGAACGUCCUAAAGGGUUUCAUAAAUGGUUCUACGAUACCUUAUCAGAAUGGGACACUAUGUUGAAGGAAGUUGCAGGCCAUGGACAGGAGCUUAAGACAGCAGAGGAUAAAUCUGAUGAACAACAGGACCGUGGCAGUGAGGAUUCAGACUUCGAGAAAAUUGAGGAUGCAAUGAAGGAUUGAAAGAAAUU